AUGAAAAGAACAAUCGAACAAGUCAUCAGCAGCAGUUCGAGUGAUGCUGCUGUGCAUCCUUCUUCGUCGUCCUCCUCAUCAUCGACUUUACGGUCUUCUUCUUCUAUCAAUCCUGGUGGAGCAGAAAAGAGAAAAAAGACUCAGCCGAUUGCUGCUUCUGCUGCUCCUCUUUCAUUGCCUUCCUUUUGUCCCAAUGAUUCCAUUCAGGAUUUAGGAAAACUUCGUUUUGCUUGUCGGCUUUUAAAAACACUCUCGGAACAAACACCCAUGCGUCGGCUUGAAACGGUCUAUUCAAUUUUAAAUUACAUUCCGAAUGAUCAAUUUACAAAUAUCAUACAAGAGAUGGAUUUAAAAUCAGUCGUAUUGAGUGAUUAUUUAAAAACAUUGCAAAGGCUUGAUGAUGCAUGGGAGGAUGAAACGAAACAUCAAGUACCAACGUUGAAAGUCGUCUCAAAAACAGAAUUCUUUAGAAAAGUGUUGCAAAACUUGAUGAAGAAUCCAGAUGAUUUUGCACAUUUGGCUCUUCAUAACAUUCGAAUGUUUAUGAAAAAAGAGAAUUCUACGCCCUUGUAUGAUACAUUGUAUAAAUUGACAAGAAGUGAUUUGGAUGAGACAACUAGACAAGCAUUGAUUCAAUUUUAUACACAAUAUCCAAGAUUGUUAUUCUUGUUGCCAUGUACCAAGAUAUUGAAUGGAGGUUAUAAUGUAGUGUCAAAGAUUAUUGAGGAAAAUGAUGCAAUGAGAAUUACAUUCAGAGAAUUGCGAGCUACUAUUCCAAGAGUGAAGGAUUAUUUGGAACAUCUCAACAAGCAACCAUCUCAGCAAUAG